UAUAAUAAUACGAUGAACCCAGUUUAAAUUGCCAAUCCAGAUUGAUUGCCGGCAACCAAACGCAACCUAUAAAAUAUCUCCGGCGUCGCUGCUUGUAUUGAUUCUCGGCCCGAGAGAGCAACACUCACUACCCAUCCCGGAUUCCGCUAUCAGAUUCUUUCCCCUUGCGAGCCGUUCCAGUUUAUAGGGUUUCUGUAAUCCAACUUUGGUUCUCUGACUGUUUUGCGGGUCAUUUUCCGGAUAUUCUCCCAUGGGUCGCCAACCUGAAGUUCUUUGGGCACAGCGUUCUGACAAGAUUUACUUGACUGUUUCUUUGCCGGACGCCACGGAUGUGUCUGUGAAGAGCGAACCUGAGGGAUUGUUUAGUUUCUCAGCUGUUGGGGCUCAAGGCGAAUCUUUCAGCUUCAGCCUGAAGCUAUAUGAUACUAUUAGUCCAGAGGGUAGUAAAACAAAUAUUGGAUUGCGAAACAUAAUCUGCUCAAUCCAGAAAGAGAAGAAAGGUUGGUGGAAGCGACUGCUGAAAUCAGAGGAAAAACCUGCUCCUUAUAUUAAGGUCGAUUGGAAUAAAUGGUGUGAUGAGGAUGAGGAAGAAUCUGCCCUGU